CGUGGGGGUGAACACGGUCCCUCCCCUCAAGCCGAGUAGCCUCUGGCGCCGCCGCAGCAUGGACGCCCUUAAGCAAGUGGUCAACUUCGGGGCUGGGCCGGCCAAGCUGCCGCGCUCGGUGUUGUUAGAGAUGCAGAAAGAAUUAUUAGACUACAAAGGACUCGGCAUUAGUGUUCUUGAAAUGAGUCAUAGGUCAUCAGAUUUCGCUAAGAUUAUCAAUAACACAGAGAGUCUUGUGCGGGAAUUAUUAGCCGUUCCAGAUAAUUACAAGGUGAUUUUUGUUCAAGGAGGUGGGUCUGGCCAGUUCAGUGCUGUCCCCUUAAACCUGAUUGCCCUGAAAGCUGGAAGGUGUGCUGACUAUGUGGUGACAGGAACUUGGUCAGCUAAGGCUGCUGAAGAAGCCAAGAAAUUUGGGACUGUGAAUAUCGUCCACCCUAAACUUGGGAGUUACACGAAAAUUCCAGAUCCAAGCACCUGGAACCUCAACCCGGAUGCCUCCUAUUUGUAUUUCUGUGCCAAUGAGACCGUGCAUGGUGUGGAGUUUGAUUUUAUACCUGAUGUCAAGGGAACAGUGCUGGUCUGUGACAUGUCCUCAAACUUCUUAUCCAAGCCAGUGGAUGUUUCCAAGUUUGGUGUGAUUUUUGCUGGUGCCCAGAAGAAUGUUGGCUCUGCUGGGGUCACGGUGGUGAUCAUCCGGGAUGACCUGCUGGACUUUGCCCUUAGGGAGUGCCCCACUGUCCUGGAGUACAAGGUGCAGGCUGGAAAUGGCUCAUUGUACAACACGCCUCCGUGUUUCAGCAUCUAUGUCACGGGCAUGGUUCUAGAGUGGAUUAAGAAUAAUGGCGGGGCAGCAGCCAUGGAGAAGCUUAACUCCAUCAAAUCUCAAAUGAUUUAUGAGAUUAUUGACAAUUCUCAAGGAUUCUAUGUGUGUCCAGUGGAACCCCAAAACAGAAGCAAGAUGAAUAUUCGGUUCCGCAUUGGAAAUGCCAAAGGAGACGAUGCUUUAGAAAAGAGAUUUGUUGAUAAAGCACUUGAACUCAACAUGAUCUCUUUGAAAGGGCACAGGUCCGUGGGAGGCAUCCGGGCCUCUCUGUAUAAUGCUGUCACUCUGGAAGAUGUUGAGAAACUGGCCGCCUUCAUGAAAAACUUUCUGGAGAUGCAUCAGCUAUGAACACACUCUCACCAGUGUAUUCCCGCCCUUGAACAAUGUACAAAGUUGAGAGUAACUUGGGAAUGGCUACAAAAGCUUAAUAGAUAUGGUAUUUUUUUCCAAACGAAUGUACUCAUUAUAGAUUCUUUGUUGCAAAGAAGAACAAGAUAUCCUGAGUUCUGCAAAGCUGAUGGGACCACAGCUAAUGGCCGCCUUAAUUUAGACUUGAAGUGGAAGCACUUAAACAAUCUUCCUGUUGCUUUUCUAAUGAAUUCCAGACUAUUUUGUCUUUGCUGCUACUUUUGUAGCUAGAUCUCAGUAUUUGAACUUGCCUCAAAUUUAAUUAUGCCAAUUACAAUUAGUUAUUUUUGGAGUCACACAAACACAC